AUGUUCUCACUUUUUCAAGAUCUUUAUCAAUCAUAUACAAAGUACCUUGGAUUGAGAAAUGCACUCUUAAAUAAGAAACUUGUGUUUUAUGAUUAUAUUAUAUACACUGUUCUCAAUAUCGAAGAUCCUGUUAAAUUAAAAUUCCAUGUUGGUGAUAUUAUAGAGCUAGUUGAAAAUUUUGAGAAAAUCACUUAUGCUAGAAUUAGAACAAUAUUUACGCAUCAAGAAACUAGUGAGAAGACCUAUGCAUUUUUUCAAUAUAACAGAUUUCAGGAGAUGAAUGUUGUUGAUCCAAUACUUGGAUGUCUACUCUAUAAAGUUCAAGCAUCUGAAGGGGCAUACAUUUUCCCAAUAAAUUAUGUUAAUCAUAUUCCCCAAUCAUGUAACAUUUCUGUUAUUGUAACUGUUAAUGAAAGAGCAGAUACCAAAGAGGAAGGAACAAGGCCAAUUUAA